AAUAACCCUAAUCGAUUGAUCGAUUCUAAUUUUUUGCAAGUAUUGAGGUUAUUUAAACAAAAUGGAUAGAGACGUUAUCAAAGUUUAUGCCAGAUUAAAACCAGAAGUAAACCGCGAUAAUCUUACGAAAUAUCGUAUACUUCGUCGACCAAAGGAUCACAACAAAGAAGAUUUUUUGGUGUUACUGGCGCCUUUUAAAGACGACAAGUAUAUCGAUCAUCGACCCGAAUCAUGGAAGUUUUCGUUUCACCAUAUCAUCGAAGAAGAAGCGAAUCAACAAGAUGUCUUUGAGGAUGUCGGUCGGCCUGUAAUCGAGAGUGUCCUUGAUGGUUACAAUGGUACUGUCUUCGCUUAUGGCCAGACAGGCAGUGGCAAAACUUAUACGAUAGCAGGUGAAGUUUCAAGUAGCAAUAGACAAGGUAUCGUACCAAGAACUUUAAGUUAUCUCUUCGACGUCAUUAAGAUGCAUCCGGAAAACGUUUAUUCUGUGGACGUGGCUUAUCUGGAGAUCUACAAUGAAUACGGUUACGAUUUGCUCGAUCGAAAGCAGCAGCAGCAGCAGCAGGUGCAGCAGACUAUGCGUUUGGAGGAUUUACCACGCAUCAGCAUCCAGGAGGACGAAAAGGGAAUACUGCAUCUUAAGAAUCUGACCUUCCACAAUGUAAAGAGUGAAGACCAGGCGAUGGACUUAUUCCUUAUUGGCGAUUCUCGCCGCGUUACAGCUGAUACUCCAACGAAUCCACAGUCAUCGAGAUCUCACUGUAUUUUUACCAUCGUCGUAUCGGUAAGGCACCUUGGAGCUAAUCGUUACAAGAGAGCUAAGAUGCACUUGGUCGAUCUAGCAGGAUCCGAACGAGUUUACAAAUGUGCGAUCAGUGGAACUGUUUUGUCAGAAGCGAAACAUAUUAAUUUGAGUUUACAUUAUUUAGAACAAGUUAUAGUGUGCUUGAAUCAGGAAAAUUCAGGUCACAUACCUUACAGAAAUUGUUUGCUAACUGCUAUUUUAAGAGACAGUCUCGGUGGAAAUUGCGUGACGACGAUGUUGGCUACUUUGAGUAUGUCUUCUACCAAUAUUCAGGAAACAGUAUCAACUUGUAGAUUUGCUCAAAGAGUCGCUUUAGUUAGAAAUGAUGCUAAAUUGAUACUAGAGGAUGAUUUGAACGGUGAAAAUAUACUUUUGAAAUUGGAGAAUGAGAAGCUUCGUAAACAAAUCGAGGAGUUAAUAAAGCGAAAUGAAAACUUAAAGAAUAUGUUAUCUUUGCAAGAAGAUAGAGAUGAUUUUGAAAAAAAAUUGGAUUAUUAUAAAAAUUUAGUGAUGCAACGAGAUCAAGAAAUUUCUGUCUUACUAGGUUUGUUAAAAAAAGCUAGGGAUAAGAAAAAUCAAGUAGAAGGUAACAAUGUAGAAAUAAAAUCUAAAUUGAAGUCCAAAGCGAAAGAAAGUACAGUCGAACGUUUGUCUAAGACGUCAAAAUUAUACGAAAUUAUAGAAAAAUCUGGCCAUGAAAACGAUAUACAAUUAAGAAAGGAAACAGAUUCCGACGAGUUAUGCAAACCAGAAAUAAAUUUAUUACAAAAAUCAUUAGAAGAAAAAUCGAAAAUUAAACGAAACAUUGAAAACUUAGAUAUUACUUGUAAUAGUGAAAACGAGCAUGAUUCUUCGAAGAAAGUAAAUUCGUUAAAAAAAUCGUUAGGCGUGAAUAAUAAAGUAGAAGGUAAUCCUUUGAAAAAUAAUAGAUUGAUAUUAGAAGAGAAAUUGGAAACAAAAAAGAUCGAUAAGAAUUUACACGAUGAUUCAAUUUAUUCGCCUAAUUUAUCUUCGAAUAAGGCAGUUACCAAUAAAUUGCCUGAUUUAAUAAUAAACGAUGCCCUCGUUAAUUAUCCCAACAAUAAUCAACUAGAAACACAACGUUUACAAAAUAUUAUAAAAUACAAUAAAGUUGAUAACGAUUUCGAGAAGAAUUUACCAUUGACAGGUGAUCCAGAGAUCGACGAAGAGAUCAUCGCAUUUUAUAAAGCUAAACGUUCUGGUGGAAUUUAUUAAUGAUUUUUUAAACAUUUUGUAUUAUUUUUCGCUAAAAUAUAAUAAUAAAUU